AUGGAUCUAGUGAUCAAUUUUAUUAGGUGUCGGUUAUUCAUCGAAAUUAUUGAAUGUUUAGAAUAUUUGCAUCAAAACAUACCAGUGAUUAUACACCGGGAUAUUAAACUACAGAAUAUUCUUGUAGUACUUCCCGAUGAAYUGGUAGACCCUAUGAAUCGGUUUAUCAGAUUAUGUGACUUUGGUUUGGCCACUGUUCACGAACGGUCGUUAAUGAGUCAUACUUCCAGUGUAGGAACGACCAGAUAUAUGGCACCCGAAGUACUGGAAGGCCGUAAGUAUAACUCAAUGGUCGAUAUCUAUAGUCUGGGAAUUGUUGGCCAGGAAUUGUUUGGUGUGAAUAUCUAUGAGGAAAAUAGAGAUUCACAUCCGAUACCAAACCUGAUUGAACUGUUUAACCGUAUGAUAAACCGUAUGUCCAAUGAAAGGCCCAGUUGUACGGAAAUACUGCUUCUGGCCAAUGAAUGGACAAUAACUGCCGAAACUAUCAACAAUGUGGUGACAAAUAUGUCAGAAAUUCGACAUAUUUUUCGGGUUAACAAUCAACAACCUGUUGAUUUAAAUAUCUUAGUGUCCGUAAUGGACGGCGUCGGACAUGUAAACGCUUGUAUUGGUUUGGCUCAAGUACUACAAAAACGUGGCCAUCGGUUAACAUUUGUUAUGGAAAAGGCAUAUAAGGGACAGUUAGCUGAGUUUGGAUUUGAUGAAGAAAUUAUUGAAGACAUCAAUGAUGAUGUUGUUGUGGAUAAUCAGAUACAACAACAACAAUCACAACAACAAACAGACAAUCCUAAAAAAAUGGGCGAAGAGGGAGCACAUUAUUUAUUAGGAUCGGGUCUACUAUCGGGACUGUCAUCAGUGGACAAAAUGCAUAUUAUGCURAAAAUGCCUAUUUUUGAUAAAGUAUUAGAAAAAGCCCGAUUAGACAAUCAAAAAUAUAUGAAAAUUGUUGACAAACUGAAUCCCGAUUUAAUUAUUUUGGAUGAAUUUAUUGGUCGACCAGCGCUUAUAUAUUCUGGUAAACCGUGGAUCAGUUUGUUUAGCGGUAAUCCAUUGUUUGCCAUCGAUGAUGAACGUACUCCACCAUUUGCUUCCGGUUUUCCAACAAACAGCGAUAAAAGCGGUUGGUUAGAGAUGAGACAGUUAGGUAAACAAGUAUUUGGAGGACAGGCACUCGUAAAGUAUAAUGAAUGGCUUCGGGAGUUAGAUUUACCAUUGAUUACCGACUCGGAACUAGUGGUUCCCAUAUCACCCUAUCUGAACAUUUAUGGCUAUCCUGAAGAACUUGAUUAUACAGAUAUCAGACCCAUUCCCGACAACUUUUGUCCGGUCGAUGCCUUUCGGCGAACUGAUCCGAAAGAGUUCAAAAUUCCCGAUAAAUUUGAUAAUCGUGACAAAAGUCAAUCAAAAUUAAUAUAUCUAUCGAUGGGUUCAAUGGGUUCAGUGGAUGUCCAGCUAAUGAAACGAUUUGUCGAUAUAUUGUCGAAAACUUCGCACAAAUAUAUCGUAUCCAAAGGAUUUCUAUCCGAUAAAUACGAUUUAGCAGACAAUAUGUGGGGUCAGGCGUCAGUUCCGCAGACAAAUGUCCUGCCAUUAGUCGAUCUGGUCAUAACUCACGGCGGAAACAAUUCGGUAACCGAAACGUUUAGUUUUGGUAAACCGAUGAUUGUUAUGCCAUUAUUUGCCGAUCAGUUUGAUAAUGCACAGCGAAUUCAGGAGAAAGGUUAUGGCAUACGAUUGGAUCCGUAUUUAUUCAAAGACAACCAAUUAGUUGAUUCAAUUGACAGACUAUUAAAUGAUAAACAAUUAGACGAUAGACUAACGAUGGCAUCCAAACGUAUGCUUAAAUCGGAUAGCAUUCAUAAGGCUUGCGAUCGCAUUGAAAAUCUUGUAAAUUAA